UUGAGCUGGAGAACAGCGUUUACCGGCGGGCGGCCGGUGAGAGGGCUGGCGGGGCUGUGUCUUUGGGGAGGCUUGGAGAGGACGAGGGGCGAGCCGCGUUUUGUGAAUGAAGCUAUGGCUACAGAUUCCCCGAGAAGACCCAGUCGUUGUACUGGUGGAGUUGUGGUUCGCCCUCAGGCUGCCACGGAGCAGUCCUACAUGGAAAGUGUUGUGACUUUUCUACAGGAUGUUGUGCCACAGGCUUACAGUGGAACACCUCUAACAGAAGAAAAGGAGAAAAUAGUCUGGGUCAGAUUUGAAAAUGCAGAUUUAAAUGAUACAUCAAGAAAUCUGGAAUUUCAUGAAAUACACAGCACUGGGAAUGAGCCGCCUUUGCUGAUUAUGAUUGGCUACAGUGAUGGAAUACAGGUCUGGAGCAUCCCUAUCAGCGGGGAAGCACAGGAGCUAUUCUCUGUUCGAAAUGGCCCAAUUCGGGCGGCUAGGAUCUUGCCUGCUCCACAGUUUGGUACUCAAAAGUGUGACAGCUUUGCAGAAAAAAGGCCCCUUCUUGGUGUUUGUAAGAGCACUGGAUCUUCUGGCACUAGCCCACCUUACUGUUGUGUUGAUCUGUAUUCACUUCGUACUGGGGAAAUGGUCAAGUCCAUUCAGUUUAAAACUCCUAUCUAUGAUCUUCAUUGCAAUAAGCGGAUCCUCGUCGUAGUCUUGCAGGAGAAAAUUGCUGCCUUUGAUAGCUGUACUUUCACAAAAAAGUUUUUUGUCACAAGCUGCUAUCCUUGUCCAGGGCCCAACAUGAAUCCUAUUGCUCUUGGGAGCCGCUGGCUGGCUUAUGCAGAAAACAAGUUGAUUCGAUGUCAUCAGUCCCGUGGUGGAGCCUGUGGGGACAACAAUCAGUCUUAUACUGCCACGGUCAUUAGUGCUGCUAAAACUUUGAAAACUGGCCUGACAAUAGUUGGGAAAGUGGUGACUCAGCUGACAGGCACGCUGCCUUCAGGUGUGACAGAAGAUGAUGUUGCCAUCCAUAGUAAUUCGAGGCGGAGUCCUUUGGUCCCAGGCAUCAUCACCGUAAUAGACACGGAAACAGUUGGAGAGGGCCAGGUGCUUUUGAGUGAGGAUUCUGACAGCGAUGGUAUCGUGGCCCACUUCCCGGCUCAUGAAAAACCAGUGUGCUGUAUGGCUUUUAACACAAGUGGUAUGUUUGUUUUUCCCCAUUUAUAUCAUGGGCUUUCCAAUUUGAUUUUUUUGGAAAUGGAAUAUCUAAAACACGAAUCUCGUUUUUCUUCUAUGUGCCAGUGUGUACAAGACAUCUGCUUCAGCCAUGACUGUCGCUGGGUUGUGGUCAGUACUCUUCGGGGGACGUCCCAUGUUUUUCCAAUCAACCCUUAUGGUGGCCAGCCUUGUGUGAGAACACAUAUGUCGCCACGAGUCGUGAAUCGUAUGAGCCGUUUCCAGAAAAGUGCUGGGCUGGAAGAGAUUGAACAAGAACUGACAUCUAAGCAAGGAGGUCGCUGUAGCCCUGUUCCGGGUCUCUCAAGCAGCCCUUCCGGAUCACUCUGCACGGCUAAUCAACAAACCUGUACUACCGAACUGAUUGGAAGUUCUUUGAGCAUGAGCAGGUCAUACCAACUUGUAGGUCCCCCUGGUCUAUCAGGGAAACUAAACAGCCAAGACUCCUACAAUAAUUUUGCCAACAACAACCCUGGCAACCCUCGGCUCUCUCCUCUCCCCAGCUUGAUGGUCUUGACGCCUCUUGCACAAAUCAAGCAGCCAAUGACAUUGGGGACCAUCACCAAACGAACAGGGCCUUAUCUGUUUGGAGCGGGGUGUUUUUCCAUAAAAGCUCCAUGCAAAGUUAAACCACCUCCACAAAUUUCACCCAGCAAGUCGAUGGGCGGAGAAUUUUGCGUGGCUGCAGUGUUUGGGACGUCCAGGUCAUGGUUUGCAAAUAACGCUGGUCUGAAAAGAGAAAAAGAUCAGUCCAAACAAGUUGUAGUUGAAUCUCUGUACAUCAUCAGCUGCUACGGGACCUUAGUGGAGCACAUGAUGGAGCCACGGCCGCUCAGCACUGCCCCCAAGAUUAGCGAUGACACCCCACUGGAAAUGAUGACAUCACCUCGAGCCAGCUGGACUCUGGUUAGAACUCCUCAAUGGAAUGAAUUGCAGCCACCAUUUAAUGCAAACCACCCUCUGCUCCUGGCUGCAGAUGCUGUACAGUAUUAUCAGUUCCUGCUUGCUGGCCUGGUUCCCCCUGGAAGUCCUGGGCCCAUUACUCGGCACGGGUCCUAUGACAGUUUAGCUUCCGACCACAGUGGACAGGAAGAUGAAGAAUGGCUUUCUCAGGUAGAGAUUGUGACGCACACUGGACCCCACAGGCGUCUGUGGAUGGGCCCACAGUUCCAGUUCAAAACCAUCCACCCCUCAGGCCAGACCACAGUCAUAUCGUCCAGUUCAUCAGUGUUGCAGUCUCACGGUCCCAGUGAUACUCCACAGCCCCUUAUGGAUUUUGAUACGGAUGAUCUUGAUCUCAACAGUCUCAGGAUCCAGCCGGUCCGCUCUGACCCAGUCAGCAUGCCAGGGUCAUCCCGUCCAGUCUCAGAUCGAAGAGGAAUUUCCACCGUGAUUGAUGCUGCCUCAGGUACCUUUGACCGGAGCGUGACCCUGCUGGAGGUGUGCGGGAGCUGGCCCGAGGGCUUCGGGCUGCGGCACAUGUCCUCCAUGGAGCACACCGAGGAGGGCCUGCGGGAGCGGCUCGCCGACGCCAUGGCCGAGUCGCCCAGCCGGGACGUGGUGGGAUCCGGAACAGAACUUCAGCGAGAGGGAAGCAUCGAGACUCUGAGUAACAGCUCAGGUUCUACCAGCGGCAGCAUCCCAAGAAACUUUGAUGGCUACCGAUCUCCGCUGCCCACCAAUGAGAGCCAGCCCCUCAGCCUCUUCCCCACCAGCUUCUCCUAGGUACCAGCUACCUGCUUCCGACUGGCCGGCCCACUCACCUGCUGGAGGAAGGAGAAGCCCCCCCUCGGACUCCCCCCUUCAGUCUCUGCUCCUCUUUCACAACCACCUUCCCCAAGCUUAGUGACAACAGCCCCCUCCCCGCCCCCCGCCCGAUGGAGAAGAGACCCCUAUCCAAAGCACCUCGGUGCCCUCUGACCCCGUCAGCAGGGCUGUGGCCGAAAGAGACUGCAGAAGCGCCGCCCCCUCCUGUUUGCACAUGAUGUCCGGCAUUGGAUCCGCUUUUGUAUUUUCUAACCGGGGGUUGGGGGGGGGGGGGCCCUGGGUGGGGAGAGGAUGGAUGGCCUGGCCAGGCAUUUCGACCCUGACCGCCAGCCCCAGCCCGCUCCUGCCUAUGGCUCACACUGCCCAGCUUCCCUUGGUCAACUUCCCUCUGGAAUGGGGUGAAUGGAGGCCCAGAGUAUUAUGGGAGGAGAAAGGAAGGAGAAGCCCUCCUCCUCUUCCCUUUGGCUCAUGGGAAGGAUUUGUCUUUCUUGUCUAUAAGCCCUUUUACACUGGUCCUGAACUGUUCGGUGAAGGAAACGGUGGUUCCUGAGACCCUGUCAAAAGUGCACGUCUUUCCAAUAAAUCAUGCUGCAACUGGUGUCCACCGA